AUGUGUUCUUCCAUUUCUUCCGACGAUCCAAUGGAUCUUGAGCCCGAUGAGAAUCCGUCCACGACAAUCGUUCCUGAGCAUCUAGGAAACGAAGACACGAUGAUAAAACUCGGUUUCAUCGAUGAAUUGAAGAAAUUAUUCGCUAUUAAUGAGCUUCUCAAUCUUCCUCAGCUCGUCGUCAUUGGCGACCAAAGCUCCGGAAAAAGCUCCGUUCUCCAAGCUAUCACACGACUUUCGUUCCCCGUUGACGACGGUCUCUGUACACGUUUCCCUACCGAAGUUUCCCUUCAACGAGCAUCGGAAGACGUUUUAGAGAUCAGUAUUUCAAAAGCAGUUCGUGCAUUUGAUGCGCCAAAUCAAACUUCUGCGCAGAAAAUGUGGCUCGAGAAGCAAUCUACACGGAUCGAUGAGUUUAAUGCGAAGUGGGGAGGGAAGGGUGCGCAGAUGGAUGAUUUUUGUGAGAUGAUUACAGAAGCGAAAAAAGUAAUCAUGGGAGAUACCGUCGAGCCUGGGCAGUCGGCCAAAAAGAUAAACGUUGCAAAGAAUAAGAAGAAUCUACUAAGCGAUGCUACCUUGAAGAUUGUCAAAAAGGGUCCAGGAGAAAUCAAUAUCACGAUUAUUGAUAUUCCUGGAUUGGUUUCAUCAACUCACCCAGCUCAUAAAAUGGCAAAAGCAUUAGUGGAUCACUACAUAUUGAAUCCUCGAAGCAUUGUUCUAGCUGUUGCCCAUCCUGCAAAUGUCGAGACUCAGGAUAUGUUCCAAAUCAUUCAAGGCAUUGCAAAUUGGAAGAACAGAGUGAUUGGCGUUAUCACAAAAUGUGACAAGAUAGAACCAGAGGGUGAUGAUUGGGUAUUCAGAGCAAUCAAGAACGAUGAGAGCGAUCCCGAAUUCGACAGAUGUCUCAAAUACGGCUGGUUUGCACUACGCAAUCUCUCUCCCUCUGAAAGAAAAUCCAGUCCGGGCAAAGAACUCCAAACCAUCCGAGACCAGAAGGAAGAAAAACUAUUCAGCCAAAAAGUCUGGACAGAUCUCGAACGACAAGAGAAACUAGGCAUCAAGAAUCUCAAAGUGGCAUUGACACAAAUGCACAACGAACACGUAACACGCAGUAUCCCCGAACUCAUUCCCGAAAUCGCAGACCGUCUCAAAACCAUCGGAAACAAAAUCGAUGCUCUAGGUCCACCGCGCAUCACACCUGAGAGUCAGUUGAAUUGUUUGGUUAACCUCGCGACGAAGUAUUCUUUGCAUGCGGGAGAUGCUAUUGAUGGUCAUAAUGAUCGGUUACCUGUCAAUUGUCCUGAAGUCAAAAUCCGGAAAAUCGUUCGCGAUACUCUAGAUGAGUUUAGGGAUGGCAUGACCGCGGUUUACGAUCAGCGCUUCAAUAGUAAAGUGCUGGGCUUCUCUCUCGAAUCGGUGGAUGAGAAAACAUGGGAACGUGCCGUACUUCGAAACAAAUAUUUUAACGAGAUUAGCCAAUGUAUCGAAGCCAAUCGCGGCAAAGAAAUGGCCGACGAAGUAAACGGCGCUGUGAUCCGUAGUCUCUGGUCCGAACUAACACCCGUUUGGAGAGAUCAAUCCAAAACUCUGAUAGAAUCAUUAGUCAACGCGAUUUGGAUAUCCGUCGGAUGUCUCUUGCACGCGAUAUGCGAAGAAGAAUCUCUCUUAAUGAAUGUGCAAAACUUCCUCGAAGAAGACAAAACCACUGUUCACGAGGACGCCAUGCACGAACUGGAUAAACUUCUCAACGACGAGAAAUCCGGACUGAUCGUCACCCUCAACAAAUGGAACGUAUAUCAGCUAUCCGAUUUGCGCGAGGGGAGAUUCAAACUCAUGACGGCGCGACUGGAUGAGAUCCAGAGACGCGAUAAGGAUAUUGUGAAAACGCAGGUCAAGAGUUGGUUGGGACAUAAUGCGAAAGUUGAUGCGAUUUUUACCACCCAUGAUAAGUUGGCGAGCUAUUAUCAGAUUGGGAUGGUGAGGUUUGUGGAUAAUAUUUGUCAUCAGGUUUGUGAGAGACAUCUCUUGGGGGGGAAGAGUCCAUUGAGGACGCUAGGGCCGGAUAUGAUUACGAAGAAGUUUCAGGGGAACGAAGAAGCUCUACGAAAGAUCGCAGGCGAAACAGCAACUCAAUUAGCGGAACGAGCUCGAUUGCAAAAAGAUCAUGAGUCGUUGAAGAGAGCUAUGGAAAAGGCGAAACAGUAUAAAUUGACUUUGGGGGUACAUGGAAUGGGGUUGUGA